AACUCAGCGCGGAAUGUGAAGCGUGGAGUUGCCCUUCGAAUGUGCUACGCCGCCUCGAUGCGAUUGGCUGGUUCGCGGACAGCGGUCCGACACGAUUGGCCAAUGGCCCGCAAGCCCGAGCCCUUGUUGGCCUAGGACAGCGCGGAAGCGGGGAGUUAAAGAGUCUGUGCCUGUUGUGGGAGCAGGCUUGGCCCCUUCGGAACGCUGGAGUGGCCUUUGGGGAACUUCUUUUUUAUACACACCAUUAGUUUUUUUCUCUGUGCUAUGGGAGAAGUCAAAGAACCAAAAAUGCAAAUAACACCGGAAACUCCAGGAAGGAUCCCUGUUUUAAAUCCUUUUGAAAGUCCUGGUGAUUAUUCUAAUCUCCAUGAACAAACUGUCUCCAGUCCUGUUUUUAAAUCAACAAAAUUACCAACCCCCGGAAAAUUUAGGUGGUCUAUUGAUCAACUAGCUGUAAUAAAUCCUGUAGAAAUAGACCCAGAAGACAUUCAUCGUCAAGCCUUAUACUUAAGUCGUUCUCGAAUAGAUAAAGAUGUGGAAGACAAAAGACAAAAAGCCAUUGAAGAGUUUUUCACUAAAGAUGUCAUCGUACCCUCUCCUUGGACUGAUCAUGAAGAGAAACAGCUUUCAGAGUAUCAUUCCAAUAAAUAUAUUAAUGUAAAUAAUGAAUCUCCAAUUGGAAGAAAGCUGACCAUCCAUUCUGAGAAAAGCAAUGCUGCUUGUCAGACAUUGCUCUCUCUUCCUGUGGAUUUUAAUAUAGAAAAUGUUUUAGGUGACUAUUUUAGAGCUGAUGAGUUUGCAGAUCAAUCUCCUGGAAACCUUAGUUCUUCAUCUCUCAGAAGAAAGCUAUUUUUAGAUGGCAAUGGAAGUAUCUCUGACUCCUUAUCUCCGACUUCUCCCAGAAGUCUUCCCAGCUGUGCUACAACGUCACUUGAGGUUUUCUACUCAAUAGAUUUAUCUCCUGUGCGGUGUAGGAGUCCUGUGCAGACGCCAAGUUCGGGGCAGUUUUCUUCUAGCCCUAUUCAGGGUAGUGCAAAAAAACACAGUUUGGGAAGUAUAACCAAUCCUUCACCAACUUCUUCACCCACUUUCUCACCAAUUGCAUUUCAAAUAGGAAAAGCACCUCUCUCAGAACAGAGGAAGAUUACUUUCCAUUCUCCUGAUGCUUCAUCCAGAAUAAAUGCUAAUGGAAUUAGUAAUCCAUGUAUCAGAAGUCCUUAUAUAGAUGGCUGCUCACCUAUAAAAAACUGGUCUCCUAUGAGACUCGAGAUGUAUGGAGGUGGUACUCAGUAUCAGACCUCACUGAUUCGAAUACCUUUUACCCUUGAGGCUCACAGUGAAGACGAAGAAAACAAAGUGAAUAUUCCUUCCACCGACACCUCAUCACCCACUGUGGGCACUGCUGGAGCCCACCUGCGGCAGGGGGACAGUGCCACUUCUCCACACGGCGCACGUUUAGUAGUGACCUCCCUGUCUGUCACACAGAACCAGCCCAGUGCUGCCGCGGAGGUCCUAGCACUGCUGCAGGACGUGGAGAGUGAGAAGGAGAACAACACUGUGGAUAUGGUUGACCCUGUAGAGACAGCAGAGGAGAACACUUGGAUUAAGGAGCCGGUGGACAAUGGGAGUUCACCCAUGGCUGAUUCUGUGAGCGGGAUCGCCUUCAGUAUUGAAACCUCUCAUAUGUGUAUGUCACCUCUUGCCGAAAGCAGUGUCAUUCCUUGUGAAAGCAGUAACGCUCAGAUGGAUAGUGGCUAUAACACACAGACCUGUGGAAGCAAUAUUAUGGAUACGGUUGGAGCAGAAAGUUACUGCAAAGAAACUGAUGCACAUGCCUUGGAAUUUGAGACCAAACUUCAGGUUUUUAAUACAAAGCCAGGCCACACAGCCCAGAGGUGCUGGAUGAACACGGUGAACGCGCGGUGCGGCAGCCCCCAGAGUUCCGCUCUCGGACCCCAGGACUACUGCUGAGUAGCCCCUCCCGUGGCUUUAUGCACAGGAUCAGUAAUGUGACCGUGACUGGAGAGAAACUGCUUCCACUAACAUGCUUCGCUUUUCUUUCCCUCCUCAAUGUGAAAAAUCAAGGGCUUAACUUAGUGACACAGGGGCAAAAGAAAAACACCUGGAACUUCCAACAAGUUGCUGAUGUACAAGUUUAUUUUCGGUCAAUAAAUACUUUUGUACUCACCUUGAGCGAUGUUUUACAAUAAAAGCUUGAGCGAAGACCCGGCGCCUGUCCUUACAGGGUCGGUGAGCUGCUCACCGGCCUUACAGAGAGCACUGCGUGUAGCAGUUCUGAGAACAUGUGGAACUGUGAAAGUGCUGUUUUAUUUUAUGUAAAAUUAUGUGAAUCUACAGAUGAAUUUAAAUGUAUAAACUGUGAAGGAAAUCUGAUUUAGAUAUAAAACAAAUUUAAUCAAAGAGGUAGGACAGAGGUGGCAGGUUCCCCAAAAUUUUCAUUCUGGGACUCUGUUUAUUUCCAUGUAGAAAUCUUAGUUCCAGUGGUAACUGGCCUAGUGACUGUUUUAAAAACUGUAAAUACUAGAAAAGGUUGUAGUAACAACACCUUUCCAUUCUGUAUUGUUUUUAUCAGUGGGGUAGAUGCGGGGUGCUCAGGGUGUGUCUCCAUCCCUGGGAUAAGGACAGCCUUCCCGGCUCAAGCCUGGCGGGGGCGAGGAGUGAGAACACGGCAGGGACAGGGUGACGGCGGGGCUCCCGGGGGGCUUCAGACUUGGGAGCGAAUGGCUGGGCGGGACUUACAUGCAUGCUGGGAGUGGACUGGGAAUUUAAGUGCUGGGGGUAUUCUUUACCUUUGGAAAAUGUAGUCAUAUUUACAAACCAUUUUUUUUAAACUGUGUGACUCGUAAAGGAGUAAUACUUCAUAUGCAGCCCUAGAGAAUAAAGACAUCCUAUCGUUGUGUCCUUUU